AUGCACUCAUGGCCAUUCGUGGUCUGACUCGGCCCUCCCACUAUCGUGGGCACGCCUCGAGAUCACUUGCCUGGACACCGGCAGCAUGAGGCUGCGCACUACGCCAAUCAGCGAUCUGUCAAGCGCAAGCUCAUCUGGGCAUCGCUCGUCUGCGUAAGGGCUAUGCAUGUAUAGCAGAGAAUACAGCGAUGUCCAAGCAACAUGUACGCAGUUUGUUGGUCUGACUGAUGCUGUGCAGGUGGUGUUCAUGGUAGCUGAGGUGGUUGGCGGAUAUCUGGCCUCCUCGAUUGCACUCAUGACGGAUGCCACUCACAUGCUGACGGAUCUGGUGGCAAACUGCAUCGGGUAAGGUUAUGCAUUCAUGCAUACACAAGUCUACGUACGUUUGGCUGGCUGGCCUCUCGCUCUGUCAUGCAGGCUGUUCGCCAUUUGGGUGGCAUCGAAGCCUGGCGGACACGCCCUCUCGUUUGGCUACCACCGAGUCGAGAUCCUUGGUGCACUGGUGUCUGUGUUGCUCAUAUGGGGACUCACGAUCGGCCUCGUGUGGGAGGCAGUUCAGAAGGUUAUCAAGCCAGAGCCUGUGGACGGUGCCAUCAUGACCAUCGUAGCUAUUGUUGGUCUCGUUGCCAACAUCAUCAUGACGCAAAUACUCAAGGUGGGCAGAGAGAUACGUAGACAUGCACACAUCCGCACGUCAGCUGAGGGUGAUCCAUCCCUUUCGAUCCUGGUGGUUUGCAGAUCCACAAUCACGGGAUUGGCGGCCACGAGUGCGACCACCAUCACCACGACUCCCAUGCCGCCUCAUCCGCCCAUGACCAACAUACCGGUCCGUGCUUCCACGAUCACCAGCAUGAAGCCCAUCGUGGCCACGAUGCGGAGGAGCCCCCCGCCCUACCCCACUAUGAGUGCAGUCUGCCACCGUCAGCGUUCUCGACGGCCAAUGUCAAAAGGGAGAAGGGCAGCAUGAACCUGCGUGCGGCGUACAUGCGUGCUCUCGGCGAUUUAAUCCAGGUUUGCUUGGUUGGAUAGAGCCAACAAGCGAUCGACGCACAAAGAGGGUUGGCUGUUGUGUUAUGUUUGUGUGGUCACACCAGAGUGUGGGUGUGAUGAUCGCCGGCGUGUGCAUCUGGGUGCAUCCCUCCUGGUUGAUUGCCGACCCCAUAUGCACCUUCAUAUUUUCGUUCUUCGUGUUGUCGACAACUCUGGCCAUCCUGCGGGACGUCACCACAGUGCUCAUGGAAGGCACGCCGAAGGGGGUGGAUGUAGACCAUCUGCAAGACGACCUCGCACUCAUCCCUGGUCAGUCUGUCCGUUACGGCAACUAAUUGUUUUUGUCUGCUUGCUUUGGUCUCCUGUAUGUAUAAGUGUUAUCGUCUCUCUCGUCCGCCCGUUGUUUGCGUGUUCCGUCAGGUGUUGUUGAGUUGCAUGAUCUGCACGUGUAG